ACACGCUGACAUUUAAAACCCCCAAUCCCUGCAUAUUUGCCCCCAUUGCUUUCGGUUUACUCUUAUCCCUAUCGAUCACCGCCGCCUCCGCCGUGAGCUCCGCCGGUCGCCCUUAUUCCGCCGUCAGUGGGAGUUGUCCAAGAAGUACUCUGUAGAUCUUUAGUGAUUUAGAGUUAUGGCAUCGAAACGCAUACUGAAGGAGCUCAAGGAUCUGCAGAAGGACCCGCCGACAUCGUGCAGCGCUGGUCCUGUUGCGGAGGAUAUGUUCCACUGGCAGGCAACAAUUAUGGGGCCGACAGAUAGCCCUUACGCCGGAGGCGUGUUCUUGGUUUCAAUUCACUUCCCUCCUGAUUACCCCUUUAAACCUCCUAAGGUUGCUUUUCGAACUAAGGUCUUCCACCCAAACAUCAAUAGCAAUGGCAGUAUCUGCCUUGAUAUCCUUAAAGAGCAGUGGAGUCCAGCCUUGACUAUUUCCAAGGUCCUCUUGUCCAUCUGUUCACUGCUGACGGACCCAAACCCAGACGACCCGCUCGUGCCCGAAAUUGCUCACAUGUACAAGACCGACAGGGCCAAGUACGAGACCACUGCCCGGAGCUGGACACAGAAGUACGCUAUGGGGUGAGAGAGAGAGAGACAACGAGAGGCAACAAAAGGUUGCCACCAAAAGAAGAAGAAUACUCUGUAACUUGUAUGCCUUAUCGCGUGAGCGUCUCUCCCCCUUCUUCUUCCCUUGUCGGAUUCAAUAAUAAUAAGUAAUAAGUUGGUAUGGGUUGUAACCUGGUUUCAGGAGGCAGCCAUGGCGGAUCUUCUUAAUUAAUUUGUGAAUACACUACUCUAAUUAGACACAUUGUUGCACUGGGGAAAAAACUAUUAUGUGUUUGCUUUCUAUGGUCUCUCAUUGUUAUUCGU